AUGUGCAUCGUUGAACUGCGGGAUCUGGGAGCCAAAUGGGUGGCGCUGAGUUAUGUCUGGGGCAAGCGACCUUUCAGAGUUUUGGAGAAGGAUUCGUUGGGAUCGCUGCGAUGCCCUGGAGCUCUGGACUCAUCGUGGAUACCGGAUACCAUCCUAGACGCCAUCGCCGUCACGCGAAGGAUAGGGGAGAGAUACCUCUGGACCGACAGCCUCUGCAUCAUUCAAGACUCGCCCCAAGACAAAGCAACCUUCAUCCCGCUCAUGGACGUAAUAUAUGGACUGGCGUCACUGACCAUCGUCGCCCUAUCCGGAGAAGGCGCAUACGACGGGCUCCCCGGGGUUCGUACGUCGUCUCGACCCCCGGCAGAAGGGCCGUUGUUCUUGAACGGGGUGUGGCUACAGAAGGCCCCGCCCCUUGACGGGUUGGGAUUUACCCCGGCGGAUCGAAGUCGGAGCCGGUACAUGACACGCGGGUGGACUUUUCAAGAAAUGUUGCUAUCCCGCCGGCUGCUGAUAUUCACGCCAGAGGUGGUGUUUUGGGAGUGUCAAUCGGCUACUUGGCGUGAAGACGCCAACUGGGAGAUUCUGGAUCCCGUCGACCGUGGUCUUACACUCUUUCGCAACAGCGUUUUCGGUUUCGAGCACGAGGGCAUCCAUGUCCCAAAGGCCGAUCCGGAGUCUUUCAACCGGAUGUAUCAGAGCUUGGUAUCUGACUAUGGCCGAAGAGAAUUAACUUACGACGAAGACGGUUUAGCCGCUAUCGGGGGGAUUCUAGCCUCAAUUGAGCUCACCAGCGGGAUUGGCUUUACCUGGGGGCUGCCGAAGCCAUACCUCGGCGUGGCAAUUACAUGGCCGGCAGACAACAACGCCAGCAGGGUUCGCAGGCGCAAAGCUACUUACACAAUCGUCGCCGACAACAACACGAUAUAUGUCCCGUACCCGAGCUGGUCCUGGGUUGGGUGGGUAGGCCCGAAUCUGUUCGACGACCUGUUCGGCCACCUGGCGGGGGAACACGCUGGUUUGGUGUUUUACAUGCUUGACGGUGAGAAGGACCGGCUCAUCUUCAUCGAACAGAACCAGGAGUUUAUCAAGAUGGAAAGCACCAACAGAACCCAUCGCAGGGCGCCACCAACUUGGAGAGAAGACGUCCUUCGUGAGGUGUCCAUGAAGCAUGUCCCGCAAUCGCUGCUUGUCCCGGAGCUAAGACCAGCAGUUUUGAUCUUCUGGACUAGUUGCUGCACCUUGGUGUUGGACCAUACCAUGACACGGUCGGUUGUACGCCAGGAAGAGAGAAAGUUACACCGAGCAAAUGAAGGCGAGGACGAGAAAGAAGAGGAUUCAGACGAUGAACAGUCCAGACGGGUUCAGAUGUUACGUGAUCGUAGAGGGAACAAGGUGAGGGUGGUGUGGGAUCAUUACCUCAAUGACAUGACUGCUGCAUCUGGCGAAGCAGAGUUGAUCAUCGUGGGACGGAGCAGUACGGAGUACGCCAGACCUCGUAGUGAGUUGGUUGCUUAUAUGGUGGAGAAGCAUCCCUCGGGCGCGAGGACUCGAGUAGUGAGUGCUACCGUGGCUGAAGAGGAAUGGAAUGCUUUGGCAGAUAGGAGAUGGGAGCUGGUAUUUCUGUUGUGA